AUUAAUAAAAUGGGUCAAGGUUGGUUUGCUAGCCUUUCCAAAUACGUAAGCUCCUCUCAUGCAGCACAAUCACCUGCCUUUAAGGGGACAUUUGUCAUUAGCCAGAUUGUAGGCAGAUGUUGUCCUGGAAAAUCAGCCUCAGUUCAGCUCUAUAGUGCCACUAAAUUUGAUCCAAACACUGGGAAAGGAAAACUAAGUGAGAAGGCACACCUCAAACAUGGUAAGAAAACCCAACAUAAUGGUGAGAAAACCAUUACUUACAGUACAUCGUUCGAGGUUCCGCCAGAAUUUGGAGUUCCUGGAGCAUUCCUUAUACAAAAUCCGAAUAAUCACGAAUUCUUCCUGAUGUUUGCAACUCUUCAACUAAGCGAUAAUCAGAUCGUUCAUUUCGAGUGCAACUCGUGGGUUUAUCCAAAUAGCAAAACAAAAGCAGAUCGCCUGUUUUUCUCCAAUACGAGUUAUCUUCCAAGCCUUACACCAGAAGCACUAAAAAAGUUAAGGGAAGAAGAGCUUGCCAGCUUGAGAGGGGAUGGGGCAGGAGAAAGGAAAGAAUGGGAUCGGAUAUAUGACUACGAUUGCUACAAUGAUCUCGGAAAUCCUGAUAAAGGUUUGGAAUACGAGAGACCUGUUCUUGGUGGAUCAAAAGCUUACCCUUACCCACGUAGGGGAAGAACAGGACGUCCUCCGAGCAAGCAAGAUCCACUGACUGAAAGUCGACCUGAGUUACGGGGUUUAUUAGACGUUUAUGUUCCUCCGGACGAGAGGUUCAGUCCUCGGAAAAUGUCAGAGUUUAUCGGAAAUUCGAUCCAAGCAAUCGUGAAUUUUAUACUCCCCGAGGCAAAGAACUUGUUCCACCAAGAUUUUGGCAGCUUCGAAUCAUUCGCCCAGUUAAUGGAUUUGUAUUCCAGCAAUCGUCAUCUUCUUGUAGAGGGAUGGGUGAAAGAGGGCAUGAAAACAUUGCUUCCCCAAGACUUUGUCAAAGAAAUUAAUCAUGCAAGCAAAGAAAAUCCAAGGAAAUUUCCACUGCCUCAGAUCAUACAAGGAAACCAGUUGGCAUGGAUGGAUGAUGCGGAAUUUGCUCGGGAAAUGCUUGCAGGCGUUAAUGCCUCCUUGAUCCAAUGCAUGUGGAAUUUUCCUCGAGGCUAUGGAAGUGGCUACAUAUAUUCAAUAAAGACUUCUGAUAUAAAGGAGACCCAGUUGGAUGGUCUAACGCUAGAAGCAGCACGGUUGCAAGGAAGGCUAUUCAUAUUGGACCACCAUGAUUAUCUCAUGCCAUUUCUAACCAGAAUAAUCAACUCGGAGGGGGUGUCCGUUUACGCAUCCCGGACGCUUUUGUUUCGGAGUAACGAUGACACGCUUAAGCCACUAGCAAUAGAACUAAGCUUGCCUGGGUGCAGUAGUAGGGUGCUUUUUCCUGCAACAAUGGGUACGGAAGCAGCAUUAUGGCAGUUUGCUAGAGCUCAUGUCGCUGUUAAUGACUCAGUUCACCAUCACUUAAUAAGCCACUGGUUAAAGACUCACGCCAUCAUCGAGCCAUUCAUUAUCGCCACGCGAAGGCAAUUGAGUGAGAUGCACCCAGUUCACCGACUGCUACAUCCACAUUUCAAGGAUACCAUGCACACAAAUGCUCUAGCUAGGAGCAUUCUCAUAAAUGCUGGAGGAAUUCUAGAGAAGACGAUGUAUACAGGCAAGAUUUCCAUGGAGUUGUCAUCUGCAAUAUACAGAAACUGGAAUUUCAGGGAACAAGCACUUCCUGUUGAUCUUGUUAAAAGGGGUUUGGCAUGUGAAGACCCAGACCAUCCCUACGGGGUCCGACUCCUUUUUGAAGACUACCCAUUUGGUGUCGAUGGCCUGGAGAUAUGGGCUGCAGUCAAGACAUGGGUAAUGGAUUUCUGCUCAAUCUUCUAUAGCAGCGAUGAAGAUGUUCUCUCUGACGUUGAAAUCCAAGCAUGGUGGUCAGAGAUUAGAGAUGUGGGUCACGGUGACAAACGCAACGAGACAUGGUGGUACAAAAUGGACAACCUCUCUGAUCUGGUGGAGACUCUAACAACUCUUAUAUGGAUUGCUUCGGCUCUCCAUGCUUCUGUGAACUUUGGGCAAUACGACUAUGGUGGCUACCCACCAAACCGUCCGACGCUUUGCCAGAAAUUCAUCCCCGAGGAAGGAACAUUUGAAUACGCUGAGUUUCUUAAGAACCCAGAUAAGUACUUUUUAAAGAUGCUACCGGAAAGAUUUGAGAUGACGGUGGGUGUGGCAUUGAUGGAGGUCCUCUCUAGGCAUACUUCUGAUGAGGCUUACUUGGGUCAGGGACGGUCAUUGGAAUGGACAGAUAGCGGAGAAAUUCGCCAGAGAUUUGAAACGUUCAGGCAGCAUCUCCAAGAGGCGGAGAAGAGAAUCUUGGAGAGGAAUAAAAAUCCGAAUCUUAAGAAUAGGAUUGGACCUGCAAAGAUUCCAUACACAUUGUUGUAUCCUGAUACGUUGAAUAUGGGCUCAACAUGGGGAAUCACCGGGAAGGGCAUCCCAAAUAGUGUUUCUAUUUAGUGUUUCUUUUUUUUCCUAUCUGGUGUUAUGUUGGUUCAGUGCUUCCAAUUUCAUUUACUAUUUCUAAAGAUUGGCACCUUGGUCGUCUUCUUCCACUUAUGAUUCUUCUUCUUCUCCUUUUCGCAAUACUAGUCUAGAGACCCAUAUUGCAUCCAAUACAGAGCAAAAUUGG